AUGCUGCCACCAGUAGAUCCUCGCGUACUAGAACGCAAUCCGAACUUCGAUGUUCUAUACAAGGACCUCACGACAAGAAAGCUAAACCCUGAUGGCUCGACACGGGACACGAAGAAGCAGCGCAUACAUGAUGAGAUACGCCGGAGCCUGACAGACGCCCGGACGAACCUCAUCUCCACCGAAAUCCUGCUCCAAUCGCUCAGCGACCUCCCAUCCCGAUCAAAAGACCUCCCACCCGAACUGCACGCCGUCAUAGAAAUUGCAACCGCGCAGCUCAACGGCCACAUUCCCGACACCGACCGCGAGAUCCUCUCCGACGACAUCGACACAUUCCUCGCCAACAUCAGCACCAUCUCCUCCGCUCUAUCAGCCCAAUUCGUCGUCCUAGUAACUCACCUCGCGAAAAUCGCUGAUCCAAAAUCUCCACCGGCCAUCUCUGAUCUGUCUGCCUCAGCUGCUUCUUUGUUAAGUUCAGCAACGCAAGUCCUACCGCAUGAUCUUGCCAGCGCACGUAUCAACCUCACAAACACCACGUCCACGCUGCUCUCCACGCACCUAAAUCUCCUCUCUGCAUCCAUUCGUAUCCUCGAGCAAACCCAACACGGCGCUCUAGCUCGGCAUACGAAAUCCUCCGCCGAGCUGGUCCACACGCGCGCCACGAUUCUGGGCUUACAAUCGAAGAUCCACAUGCUUACUCACGCGCCGCCUCCGGAGUUUGUCGCCGCGUUGAAGGAGUUCAAGAAGAGCCAGGGAAGCGGGGAGAAGGCGCUGAGAGAUCGCGAGGGCAUGGCGAGGAGGGAGUUGGAGCUGUAUGAGCGCGCGGGCGAGAAGGGGAUGAGGGAUUUGGCGAAGCGGAAGGAGUGGUUGGUUAGUGAGAUCAGCGGCGUUGAGGCGGAAGUAGUUAAACUGGAAAACGGUUCAUGA